GUUUAGACUUACCCUAUAUCUCAACAAAACAUGUUUGAAGUAAAGAGCUCUCACGCCCAUAGAGAUCAAUGGGCAGCUCGGUUGUUUUGAUGGAAAAUAACCUUGGACUAAUGCGUAACAGAAAUAUACUUGAAAAUGAACGCAUCUCGUUUUAAACUGAUCGGACAACUCGUUAAUGAUUCACGUUAUUUUCGAAAAUUGCAUAGACUUACGCCGCUUGGCUUAAAGAAUAAUUGUUCAACACCAUGCGUAAGAUUUUUAAUUUUUGUUAGUAAAUUAGGUCAAAGACCAACUCACUUGUAGUAGUAGUAGUAGUAGUAGUAAUAAGAGUAAGUACUAAUUUACUCUAAGCCUAGCUUAUAAUUCAUAUAGACUACUUUAUAGUCAUUAUAGUUAGGGGUGUGCCGGAUCCGUUUUUUCCAACCGGAUCCGGAUCCGGAUUUUCUUAUGCGAAAUCCGCCGGAUCCGGAUACCGGUUUCUCCCGGAUUCCGGAUUUUGGUACUAUUGGUAGAUACUUCGGUAAGUCAAGGUGGACUACUACUUUUUGUGUAUGGGAAUUCGCAAUCGGCGCCAAAAAAUCCGAGUUUUUAAUUUUCCGAUGUGUGUGUCUAUUUAUUAUUAAAUUAGUACUUUCGAUAUAUAUUUGAGUUCCGUUCCAUUUGGAUAAGUGUCUUACGAGAGACGCCAUGUUUCUACGCGUUCGCAGCAGUUUAUGCAGCUCGCUCAACCUAAUUUCGCCAUGGGGUUGGCCACGCCCCCCUUUUUAAUGGCGGAAGUUGACGAUACUUAGGAAAUAUUAAUUUAUUAUCACUAUUUACAUCAAAAUAAUUGAUAACUUGUGUUUCAGAAUGCAUUUAAAGACAUUUAAACUGGAAUGUUUUAAUUUGAGCUUUAACAACCCGGUAGAAUCCAUAUUAUAAAUGAUCAGAAUUUACCGUGUGCAACACGUUGUCAUUGGCAACCAUUCACAGCCACUUGCAUAACUGUAUCGUAGUACUACCUCAGAGUUUCAUUCAUAAGAGUUUGCCGUGUGCAAAAACUAUUAAACCAUUGGUCAGGGAAAGCUUUAAUUAAUUAUUCAUGUGCCAAAGUUGAAAGUUUAAACUAAGUCUAAACAGUAUUUUAGUGAUAAGGCAGGGAAUGCGUUGCCUUAUAUAAACUAUAUAGUCAUUGCGCAUGACGGGAUUGGUGGAAUGAGAUCACAGAAUGUGGAGAUGCAGUCCAUGUUAAAAAAUGACAAACCAAGUCGUACUUUAAAAAUUCAUAACUUUAAAACUACAACAGCUAAAAAUAUGAUUUUGGUGUUAUAAUUCUUUAAAAAAUUACAUCUUUUCAACUAUGCCAUUGGUUUAUUUUUACAAAAAGUUUAAAUUUUCUUAUCAAAGUCCCUACACUAUUGGCCACUAUUAGCGGUGCUGACUCUAGCCUCUGGUAUGUACGGAAUAUUAAACAUUAAACAAGCUCAACGCUCGAAACAAUCGAUUAAUGUAUCGUGAUCGUGUGAAAUUCGGGAAAGAGAAUUACUUUUAUUUCAGAUUAUGAUCCGGUGAGUCACAAAAUCUGGCAAAUUCCGAAAUCCGGUAUAUUCCGGAUUCCGGAAUCCGGUUGUUCCGGAUACAUGUAAAUCCGGCGGAACCGGAUUUCACCGGAUAGUGCAAAAUCCGGCGGAACCGGAUUCCGGACCGGGGUCCGGCACACCCCUAAUUAUAGUUGAAGUUUACUAGGCUCGGCCUGGGUAAUCUCAUACUCAACUUUUUAGAAUCUGAAAUUAAAUUUAAAAUAAUGAAAAAAGUAAGACAAAUUAAUAAUAAUAAUAUAAUAUUAUAUAAGUUAAAUAAGUAGACUAAUAAUAACUUCAAUAAUCAAUAAUAUAAUAUUAUAUUUAUAUCAAUAAUAAGCAUUGAUUUUGAUGGAUUAUAAAUGAUUUUUUAUAUGCUAUUUAUUAUUUAACUUAUUAUUAUCACUUGGUUGUUAUGGUUGUCACAAUGCAAUUAUUAGAAUUAUAUUAUAUUCUGAUAAUUUAUUAAUGGCCUGUGUCUUGGUAUUAUUAUUAUUGUAAUAAGGAAGAGAGACUGACUGCAAUCAGGUAUAAGUAUUAGCAAAACAAAUUAAAUAAUUAUGGGAAAACCUGAAUAAAGGAUGCAACUAAGCAAUGAACUUGUCACUGAGAAGCCUUCUUCAAUGAAUAAACAACAGUAAAAACAAUAUAAAAUAAACACUUAGCUGUCCGAGAGGACAGCAAGAGGAAUGUUCUGAAAUUUGAUAGAAUAUAAGUAGGUGAAAGAUUAAAUACAGUUACAGGCAAAAUGGGAUGGAAGAGAGGAAAAGUAAGUCCAUGGCAAUUGGUCGUAACAAGGACGGGUCGGAGAAAAGCUUUAACAAAUGUCAUGUUCUCAUUCAUUUGGUAUCUCAUUGGAGAUUGUCUGAAAUCAGAGAAUUAAUGUAUCCUUCCUAGGCAUUUGGUCUGGAAAAAUUCUAGCUUUGCUUACGUUGUGCUAAUUGGUUACUAUUGAGUAGAGCAGUUGUCAUGAAAUUAGUGCUCCUGGCCUGCCACUAAUUUUUGUAUGAGGAAAUAAGACAGGCUGCUUGGUGACCUCUGCUUUGCCACAUCUAAUUAAUAAUUUAUCAGUACUUACAAAUAUUUGUCCAUCUGUAAAACCCACCAAUGAAAAUCUCUCAUUCACACCUACAAGUGUAACACCCACACGCUCUUUAACUUUACCAUACUCCAUCUGGAUCAUUUGAACCAGGGUUUCUCAUUUUUGGGGGGUUGUUUUAUCCCAUGAAAAUAUGAUAAAAGUGAAUCACAUCCCAGGAUUUCCCAAGAAUGAAAGUUGAUGCUGAAAAUAUUUUCAAACUUUAAUCAAAAUAAAACAUUUAAGUUUCAUAUACAUUCAAUUUGAAUCCUUUGGCUACAUAGAGUGCUCAUCUACACUUCUGCACAGAUUUUCUUUGCUUUUUAAAAUUAUUGCAUUUUAACUCGUCUUUGUGAGAAAGUCGUAAAAAAAGGUUUUUUACUUUAAUUUAAUAUUCCUCAAAAUCUAAAUGUCUAAAAAAAUUCAUAAUUUUCAGGAAAAAGAAAAUAUGACAACUCUGUGUUUUCAACAAAAUGAAUUGAUAAAUCACUACUGCACUAAGCAACAGUUUCAUUCAUCUGCCUCAACAUUCUCGUCAGAUUCAGAUGACAAACAUUUAAGGUAAUACUUUAAUUACAGGACUUUGCUCUUGUAUAUAUAUUAGGGGUGUGCCGGAUCCGUUUUUUCCAACCGGAUCCGGAUCCGGAUUUUCUUAUGCGAAAUCCGCCGGAUCCGGAUUCCGGUUUCUCCUGGAUUCCGGAUUUUGGUACUUUUGGUAGAUACUUCGGUAAGUCAAGGUGGACUACUACUUUUUGUGUAUGGGAAUUCGCAAUCGGCGCCAAAAAAUCCGAGUUUUUAAUUUUCCGAUGUGUGUGUCUAUUUAUUAUUAAAUUAGUACUUUCGAUAUAUAUUUGAGUUCCGUUCCAUUUGGAUAAGUGUCUUACGAGAGACGCCAUGUUUCUACGCGUUCGCAGCAGGUUAUGCAGCUCGCUCAACCUAAUUUCGCCAUGGGGUUGGCCACGCCCCCCUUUUUAAUGGCGGAAGUUGACGAUACUUAGGAAAUAUUAAUUUAUUAUCACUAUUUACAUCAAAAUAAUUGAUAACUUGUGUUUCAGAAUGCAUUUAAAGACAUUUAAACUGGAAUGUUUUAAUUUGAGCUUUAACAACCCGGUAGAAUCCAUAUUAUAAAUGAUCAGAAUUUACCGUGUGCAACACGUUGUCAUUGGCAACCAUUCACAGCCACUUGCAUAACUGUAUCGUAGUACUACCUCAGAGUUUCAUUCAUAAGAGUUUGCCGUGUGCAAAAACUAUUAAACCAUUGGUCAGGGAAAGCUUUAAUUAAUUAUUCAUGUGCCAAAGUUGAAAGUUUAAACUAAGUCUAAACAGUAUUUUAGUGAUAAGGCAGGGAAUGCGUUGCCUUAUAUAAACUAUAUAGUCAUUGCGCAUGACGGGAUUGGUGGAAUGAGAUCACAGAAUGUGGAGAUGCAGUCCAUGUUAAAAAAUGACAAACCAAGUCGUACUUUAAAAAUUCAUAACUUUAAAACUACAACAGCUAAAAAUAUGAUUUUGGUGUUAUAAUUCUUUAAAAAAUUACAUCUUUUCAACUAUGCCAUUGGUUUAUUUUUACAAAAAGUUUAAAUUUUCUUAUCAAAGUCCCUACACUAUUGGCCACUAUUAGCGGUGCUGACUCUAGCCUCUGGUAUGUACGGAAUAUUAAACAUUAAACAAGCUCAACGCUCGAAACAAUCGAUUAAUGUAUCGUGAUCGUGUGAAAUUCGGGAAAGAGAAUUACUUUUAUUUCAGAUUAUGAUCCGGUGAGUCACAAAAUCUGGCAAAUUCCGAAAUCCGGUAUAUUCCGGAAUCCGGUUGUUCCGGAUACAUGGAAAUCUGGCGGAACCGGAUUUCACCGGAUAGUGCAAAAUCCGGCGGAACCGGAUUCCGGACCGGGGUCCGGCACACCCCUAAUAUAUAUGUUUGAAUAUCUGUUAAUUAGAUAAAAAAAAAGCUUAUUUUACUUUAGUGUGUCUAAUUAGAUAGAUGUCACCAGUUUUUAUGUUCAGUAUCACAACUUCUUCCCAAUCAAAAUUUUAAAAUGUCUUUUACUAAAUAAAUUCUUAUAGACAGUUGUUAAGUAAAGAAAGUCUUUCCUUUUUCCCUCUUGGAGGACAUAAAUUAAAUUUAUAAAGAAUCUAUCAACUAUUUUGAAUAGAGCAACUGAGAUAUCAGAGGCAGAUUAUGAAGCUUGGGCUGAAGAAACUCUUGACUCCUUGUCAGAAUACUUUGAAGAUUUUCCAGAAACAGAACAAUGCAAUGAUGAUUAUGACUGUGCAUAUGGGGUAAAUAUUAGUUACUCAAUAGUUGAUACAAUACUCAAAAUGACUUCUUGCUCACCCAGCCCUCCUGAUGUAGAAGUAAAUGAACAUAAUAAAUGUUAAUAAAUUAUUUUGGUUAAUUUCUCUUUGUGUUUUAUAUAUUUUAGUUUUUGGAUAAAAUUUUUAAAACCUUGUUUACCAUAUUUUCUGGCAUAUAAGACACACCUUAUUACAGGGCGCACCCAUAUAUUAGAUGCCGGUUUUGACGAUUUGUGUAAACAAAAAUUUACAUAAGACACACGCGGCCUAGCCAUAUGCCGCACUGAGCAAUUUAUAUCCAGUGGUUUCCUUUCGUUUAUCAUAAAUGAAAAUUUGUCCAAUGUUUCAUCACCUGUCGGAUGUAAACAAGGCUUCAUUACCAUUUUUAGUUUACCUGUAGAUCAAAGAAUUGUCUGAGGCAGGAACGGGAUUAUUGCUUAUUGUUAUCUGCCGCCAGGUCAAUAGUGGAUGGGUUGGUAUCUAAUAACAAUAAACAAAACUAUUUAAAAAUGCUAUAUUAUAUAAAUUUAAAACAUUUACUCUGACUAAACUUAGCUCUGCAAUAGUUACUUUAUACAAAACCUCGAAAUGAAAGGAUUUUAAAUUUGAAGUGGCCUGCACUGGAUUGGUACACAUGGUGACUACUGAACACUUGCCCAAUUGUUUUUACAACUAGGAAUAAAAAUCAUGAAACUGGAAUAUUGACUGCAAUAAUUGUCUUUCAAUGUCACACACUGUUCCUGUUAAAAAAUACUUACCAUGUUUUCGUGCAUAUAAGACACACCUAAUUAUAGGACGCACCCUGAGUGCGGGGUACAUAAAACUUUGUAACAGAUGGUUCUUACAUACACGAAAAUAUGGUGCUACUUUAUCAAAUGCAUAGUAGGAUAUUUUUUAAAACUUUUUUUUUUUUAAUAUUUUAGGAUAAAAUUGUUAAAAACUUGUUUACUACCUUAUCAAAUGCUUUGUAGAAUUAGUAAAAAAAAAUUAUUUUAACAGACAAAAUGUAUGUGUCCAUUGUGAUUGUAAAGUAAUUAUUUGUGUAGUGUAAAUUCAUUCAACUUAUUACAAAUAUCUAAAAACAAAUAUAAAAAAUUCUAAUUCAUGAAUGUUAGUGUCACAGAUAACAUAAUGAAUAUGUGAACCAUUAAUGGGAGACAAGUGAUAUAGUUAAUAUUCCCAUGCAUAUUAUACAGAGUAUUGGGACUUAUAAAGACUGGCCAAUCAGAGUGUUUGAUUGGGUCGGGUGAGAACAAUAAAUUUGGAAAUGGGACAGCCAUUAUAAUAGACGGAGAGUAUAUCAGGAUUUAUUGUGCAUAAUAUUCUGAAGUGAAAGGAGAUGAUGUUAUGAAAUUAUUAUAGGAAUUGUGAUUUAUGUGAUGUGAUUCGAAGUACAUACCUUAUUUCUGCGAAACAUAUAUUUCUUUUUAUGGAUAUUGUGAUUUUAUGAUUAAAAUGGUCAUUAUUUUAACCUGAAGGUCUUGAAUAUUAAUUAUAACUUAAUUUAACAGUGACAGUUUGGUGUUUGCAAAACAUAAUUUCAAGCUUUAAUUUUUAGAAUGGUGUGCUAACAUUACAUCUUGGAAGUACAGAGGGCACGUAUGUGUUGAACAAACAAACUCCAAAUAAACAAAUCUGGUUGUCUUCUCCUUUGAGGUAGGAGUUUGCCUAUGUACAUGUUGGUAAAAAAAAAAAAAAAAUGUUGCAAUUUCAUCUUAAUGACAUAGACUCUAAAAGAAUUUGGAAUAGAACAUACAUUAAAAAAAAAUAUGGUUCUUGAAACUUAUAAUGAAAUUUAAAGUUUUUCAGUAAAAAAUAAUGAAAAAUCAGACAUUCUAUAGAAAUAUCUCAGACAUAAGUUAUCUCAAUACUCUUUGAUUAUCCAUAUUUGUAUUUAAUUUUUAAUCACCGUACAACAACUGCAAGGUAAGGAAACAUCAUCACAAUCACAUUUUGAAUCAGAGAUGUACAGGGUCAAGAAAACCAUGACAAAAAUUUGAUGCUCAGGAUCAAAGCUCCCCUUAAGCCCAAAAAGGGUUGCAUUUUAUAUACACAUUUAUUUUAUGAAAUAUCCAGAUUUAAAAAAAAAAAAAUGUCACAAUUAGUCUGGAGAAUUAGGUUUCUACUAUGCUUUAUUACACAAGUAAAUAAAAUUGAAAGAGCUUGUGGUCACUUGUUAAUUGACUUUUCAAUUUUUAAUGAAACUUUAAUUUGAUUUGAUCAAAUUAUUUUGGUCAAGAAAUAUUAAAUAGAUUUUUCUCUCUACCUGAAGCAGAGUUAAAAUUAAAAAAAUUUUCAUAACUUUUAUGUUAUUUUUUUUAUAGUGGGCCAAAGCGAUUUGAUUACUAUCAAGGCCAGUGGGUGUAUUUGAGAGAUGGUACAGGUUUGCACAAAUUGCUGGAAGAGGAGAUUUCUGAGGGUACCGGAUUGAAAAUUGAUUUGAAGAAAUGCAAAUUUUAUACAUAUGGAGUGGCUGAGCGUCUUGCCAAGUCUAACUGAUCAUUAGCCAUCUGCAAAAUA